AUGCCCGACCUCAAUGUAAAUGUCCUCUGCUCAGUUCCAGGGUAUACGGUACCUGAUCCAGACAGAGUCAAUGAAAAGAUUACAUCCAGUAAUACAAACUUUAACCGGGGUGGCGUGAAGAUAGCGAAGCUAUCUCCAGAUAUUGUUCGAAGCGAAGAAUACGAUAUUUGUCGAAAUCACAGAGGCUAUACCGGACCAAAAGAUUUUGCCUGCUACUUUUAUGGUCCAAGACGUCCAGACGUUGAAGAACACGGUAGUCUGUUUGAUCCUUAUAUAUUUAUGAGCUAUGUCAAGGACGGAAAUUAUAUCAGCGCGGCCGGACUUGGCCCUAUCAUUGAUCGAAUGGAGAUCUAUCACAUCAAAGAUAUACAAAGAUCGUUUGUGUCCGAGGUAGCCUUUAAUAAUAUAACUAUCGAGGCAUAUCAAACAAAGGCACCAAAACGACACAUUAAGGCCAUCUUGGCCGACCUAUGCCUUCAGAAUAUUAUAGUCCACGAUGGGUAUGUCAGUGAGAUUGUGGACUGCGAGAUUAUGGCAAAUGAUACGACCGAUUACCUGGUCCAGGUUCUUGAGCCUUACUAUUCCCAAUAUGCAGUCCAUUCUUUCUUGACUGAAACCCUAUGCCGUUCUGAAGCUUUCAUCCACUAA